GUGUGUCGUCCCCCCGUCCUCUGCCUGUAAAAAAGUCAGGCUUGCACAAGGGUUGUGCAUUCCUCACGUACUGUGCCAGAGACUCUGCCAUCAAAGCCCAGACAGCACUACAUGAGCAGAAGACUUUGCCGGGGAUGGCGCGCCCGAUUCAAGUGAAACCCGCAGACAGCGAGAGCCGUGGAGGGGACAGGAAGCUCUUUGUGGGCAUGUUAAAUAAGCAGCAGUCUGAGGAUGACGUGCUCCGGCUCUUUGAACCAUUUGGGGUCAUUGAUGAAUGUACUGUGCUCCGUGGACCUGAUGGUAACAGCAAAGGCUGUGCUUUUGUAAAGUUCUCAUCUCACACAGAGGCUCAGGCAGCAAUCCACGCACUCCAUGGCAGCCAGACAAUGCCCGGCGCCUCCUCCAGUCUAGUGGUGAAGUUUGCUGACACAGAUAAGGAGAGGACCCUCCGUCGUAUGCAGCAAAUGGUGGGGCAGCUGGGGAUAUUCACUCCAUCUCUCACCUUGCCGUUCAGCCCAUACAGCGCCUAUGCGCAGGCU